GCCAGCAAGGAGGCCACCUCUGCGCUGGCCGGGCGUCAUGGCGUGCCUCCUCCGAGCGCUCUGGGGUCUGCCCUUCCGUGAGGCGCCGGGACUGGCGGUGCGGGGCCUCGCGGGGUCCGGACGCGGGGACGCAGGGUCUCUUACCAAGGCUGAGUGGCAGAAGAAACUGACCCCUGAGCAGUUCUAUGUCACCAGAGAAAAAGGAACUGAGCUGCCUUUCAGUGGGAGCUACCUGAACAACAAGGAGUCAGGAAUGUACCACUGUGUGUGCUGUGAUACUCCUCUCUUCAGCUCUGAGACGAAGUUCUGCUCUGGCACUGGAUGGCCUUCGUUUUUUGAGGCUCAUGGUUCUUUGGGCUCAGAUGAAAGCCACACAGGGAUCCUUAGACGUCCCGACACCUCCUCGGGAUCCAUGCGCACAGAAGUGGUCUGCAAGCAGUGCGAAGCUCAUCUUGGCCACGUGUUUCCUGAUGGACCCCCGCCUACCGGUCAGAGGUUUUGCAUCAACAGCGUGGCCCUGAAUUUCAAACCAAGCAAACACUGACCAUUUCCAAGAGGCCCCUCCCUUGCCACUCCUUCAUGUAAGUCCUUCAUGGACCUAUGCUGGUGAAGGACCAAGUAAGGAGAGAAGGAAAGCCUGGCGUGGAGGACGGGUUACUCUGGCGCUGGAGAGGAGAGCGUGGAGGAGCUGUGCUUUGGGAGGCACGUAUGAUGGUGGACAGAUAUGUGAUUUAGUUUCCAAAUUUUAAAUGUCUCAAGCUUUCUACUUCCAGCCUCACUACCCGCAAGUCAGCUCUGAUGAGUUUGUUAGAUUUCAGUGAUUCCAAAUACUUGUUCAUCCUUACACCCUCUGGCUACAAAACUCAAUUUCAAAAUGAUCAAAUAAAAUAUUUCCUGAAAUUGAUGUUCACUUUUUGUCUAAGCUUGUGAAUUUGCUCUUUUGUAAACAUGCCUCUAAAUCAGAAUGACAAGACAGAAGCAGAUCACAUAGUAGAAGGCAUUUAGUUGUACCAAGACU